UUCCAUCGUCAAAUCCUAUGUACACAGUGGACGGCAAUCGGGAGUCGGUUUCUAUAUUCCAAAGGAGAAAGUAAUAAGUUUCCAAUUACCUUAUGAAUAUUGCAUAAAAAGUAGUUUGCUUUCGGCGCAAACAUUAUCCUGAAUCCCAGUGUUCAUCACGUAGUCUCGCAACUGAUAUUGCCUGUUUUGAUUCGUCAGUCUCCCUCCAGCGUCGCGAUUUCGUUUCUUUCUGCAAGUUCGUGUGUGCGCGAAGAAAUUUAACCGUAUAUUUCAGCAAACAUGAUAACCGUUGAUAAGAUUAAGCAAAAAUAUCCGAUCCAUUGGCCGGUUUGGAACAACGACACGGAAGAAUUACAGAAGGCGAUCGAUAGCCAACAGCAUGAUCUGGAACAGCUGGACAGCCGAGGUCGGACGCCGCUUAUGUUGGCUGUGAAACUGUGCCAUCUGGACUGUGUGAAAGCACUGCUGACGGCAAGAAGUAAUGCUAAUUUUGAGUGCGAUGGUUGGUCUGUGGUUCAGGAAGCGGUCUGCUCAGGAGAUGCAAACAUCUUGACGGCGGUGCUCGAGGUACGAGAUUUACAGCGGCACAUGAAGCGAGUUUCACAUGUGCCUCAGCUUUUACAACAUCUGCAGGAUACGCCGGACUUUUAUGUGGAGAUGAAGUGGGAAUUUACGAGUUGGGUGCCGCUGAUGUCUCGUGUGUGUCCUAGCGACACGUACAAGGUGUUCAAACGGGGUUCGAACGUGAGGAUAGACACCACGCUGCUCGGAUUCGAUAACAACAAUUGGCAGAGGGGAAACAGGAGUUACAUUUUCAAGGGGCAAUCCGAGUCGGCCACCAUGAUAGAAAUCGAUCACGAUACCGGGGAGGUAUCGGUGGAGCACAUGCGAAGCAUCGACUCGGAGGUUAUCGAUGGAAUUCCUCCGUCAAAGGAAUCGGUUUCGCUGAGACUUCAAGCGCCAGUGAUUUGCAAUCAUAUCGAUAUGGACAAGAUUAGUUUCGAAAGGAACAAAUCAGGGUUCUGGGGAUGGCGAAGUGAAAAAAAUGAAACGAUCAACGGUUAUGAGUGCAAAGUGUACGGAGCAAGUAACGUGGAGUUCAUUACUCGUACACGGAAUGAACAUUUAAGCGAGGAGCAAGCGCGAAUCAAGAGCUCCCGUACUCCUCUGCAACACUUCCUCGGUAUGACGGAGGAAGACUACAAUCACGCAGGUUCGAACGCUGUCCCUGCCGCGCAAAGUGCACUUAACGAUUCCAGCUCGACACCUUUGUUAGGAUCGGACAACAACAGUCCGCUGCAGGAAACGGCGAGCUCAUCGAAGGAAUUGCCCAUGACAGCUCCCACCGCGGAGGAGUAUUUCUCCGAUAUUGACCUCCAAGGGAGAGAUGUUGGAAAACCGAAGAAAAUCACGGCCAAGGUGCAGCGGUUCAAAGCUAACAUGUGGCUGAGUGAAGAGUUCCCCAUUAAAUUGCAAGAACAAGUUCUACCGAUUCUGGACCUAAUGUCCACAAUGGCCAGUCCGCAUGUGUCGAAACUGAGAGAUUUCGUCACAAUGCAGCUUCCAUCGGGAUUCCCAGUGAAAAUAGAAAUCCCACUUUUCCACGUAUUGAACGCGGUUGUCACUUUUGGCAACGUGUUCGCAAUAGAGACACCAGUGACUAACGUGAGCCACAUCAAGGAGAGCGAGGAACGUACGACAUGCAUUAUCGAGGAUUGCUGCUUCGAUGUCCCGUCCGAGUACGUGCGACGUGGUGCCGAUUUCCGUCGUCAAAUCACAUUCGAAGAUGAGGACGAGUUGAUGCAGUUUGCGAUUCAGCAAAGUUUAAUCGAGUCCGGUAGCGAAAACGAUGAGGUGGACAUAUGGGAAGCGCUGAGAGCCCAACGGCCACUGACACCAAACUUUUACGAAGACGAACAACUGCAAAGUGCUACCAAAGAUGUAGAUGAUAAAGAUGCCCGAAAAAGCACGCUAUUGAGUACUGUGAUGCCCAACUCACUCGCUAAAAGCCCACUGAAAAAGCUUUUCAAUAAAAACUGAAUCGUAAUUUAGCGCCCAUUUUACGCUUUUCAGUGGCUCAUUUUGCAGUUUUGGAAGGCUUCCCAGUUUUGCUGUACACAUUUGUUUAGUUUCAAUAUAAAAUUCACCAAAACUCUUUUCCGGUAUUAUACAUUUAUUGUUGAUAGAAUCUUUUCAAGCUUAGACUUAUUGGAUUGAAUACAAAUAGUAUCACCAUUGUUUUUCGUGUUUUUUCUUUCAUAAAUACGUUGAUGUACACCGCCGUCAGUAUUCUGUUCUUUGUCAAGAGGCUUUAAACUUUUUCAGUUCAUUCUCCUCUAUUGUUUGCACGUUGACAUCGAGCAAAUUGUAAUCAAUUAUAUUUUGUCCUGCCAGGAUUACUGGAAGAAACGCGUUUUUUUUGGUUUGUUUUUCCGACAUUCUUGUGAUAUUUUCAAGCCACCGCAGUAUUCACCUUCGCUGCUUCCGAAUAUAUUACGUCUUUUAGUUACAUAUUGGGAGUACAAAUGGAAAAUUAAAAUUGUCACGAAAAAUUGCAAUAUUUUUGGUUUGCUAUGUAGUUAUUAUUUCUUGAUAAAUCUGCGAUUCUUGCAUAAAAUCGAUUUGGCCAACAAUGUACAGCGUGGCGCAUAAGUCGCGCAACCGAUUUGCACAAAUAUAGGGUAGAUAGGGGCAAUAUGGUCCCCUUAAGAACGAAACGUCCUAAAUCAUGUAUGAACAUUUAUAAAUUAUGCUAUAUGUUAAAACCUCACGAUUUGAAACCUUAUUGAUCGAUGUACAUUGUAUGAAAAUGCUUUAGAAAAGAUUCAUGAUGAAAAUUUACACUUUUAAAAAUGUAUUCCAUUUCCGUCGAUCGAAAGCACUACGGGGCAAAAUGGGCCACCAUGUGUGGUAAUAUGACCAUGUUGGUUGAUUCAAUCAUUUGAGCAUAUUUUCACUGAGAAAUAACGUCACAAGUUCAUAUUACGAAAGCUUAUUCUAUUCACGUAUGUUUCAUUGGAUUUCAUUCAAUUUGUAUGUACAAAAAGUAACAAUGUGAUCAAAAUAAUUGGACUGCAAUUUUACGUUACUCAAAGCAGGAACAGAGAAUAUUUGUGCAGUUAUGUACCCGCGAGUGGCAUCGAUAGCAUUGGUUCUAUCCAUCGCCGUUCGUAGAGGAGCUGAAUUGUGCCCCACAGUAGCAACAUAGAGUGCCCUGUGGAAGAUUCUAUGAUCGUUAUUCCGUGUUCAGCACUCAGCGCUCAGCUGAAGUUAUAGCGCUUUUCUGCCUUUUUUCCCGCAUUGUUGGAAUUUUGGAAUUUCUGGUCUGUACUUGUUGAAUGAAGAUAAUAAUGUUUAGUCUAAUUCGUUCUCCUAUUGAUAAAAAAUAGUUACUGAAAUCACUGAUGUCUCAUCCACGUUGAAUUGCCUUACUGGUGGAAUGUCGUAUUUCUGCUGUACGUCCUCCAGUAAAUCGUAGAAUUUCCCGACUGCAACGCGAUUGAAUCCUUGUGCCCUGGUGGCGGAGAUUGCUUUUGGUGUCCAAAGUGAGAGUUGUGGGUGGCGCUCUACAAAACCAGCCAACUAAUCCAUUUCGGCUAAUACAACAAAUAAAGGGUGAGGAAUGUCAUCUUUCGGCCAAAUCGUACGCCAGCUUCCGGAUUCCUUUCGCCGUAACACUGUAGAACUGUUGUUCCACAGAGAGAAUAUAAUCUACAAGCUAAGAGAAUUUCCGUCGUUAAAACAUUACUAAAUGAUCCGAGUUGCUGGAGCAGCAAAGAAUCUGCGCAACGUAAAUAACGUUUGCGUAUUUCUCGCGGGACACAAUGCACUAAGGCUGCCGCGUUCAAGCUGGUCUGUGACCACCUUUUACGUUCGGAUGUUCUGGUAUUAUUCGAACAUGAUUCCAAAUCUAGUUAUUUCCAACUAUGUUUACAAAUUUUGACAGCAGUAUUUACAGGUUAUGAUGAAGAAAUACCUGGUCAUAAUGCCCCAAGCAGCUAUGCCCAUUCCGCCCCGUACGUUUACGCUCAAUGAAAAUAAACUGUUCUUUUACAUGAAACAGCAAAGCAGCGAUGGAAGUGUGGAAAUGUUCAGAAAUAAUACCAGUACGAAUUGAUAUAAAGAACAGAGUAAUAAAUUUCAGUAUGAAGCGUACAGAGUUUAUUUCGUUGACAGCUUUUUUAUAUGGUUUUCGUGAUUAUCAGUUAGUGUGAGAUAUCCUUCAAUAUUUUUAUAAAACAGUUGAAUUGAAAUACGGUUUUCACAGAGAUACCUAAGUAGAGUAUUUCUAACACAAUUGUGUGAAAAUAAGUGUCGUUGGUUCAAUAACAAGCCCAAACGAAGGGUGGCCCAUUUCGUCCCGCCUGGUCAUAUUGCCUUUAUCUACCCUAUCUCUACAUAUCUCUACAUAUCUACAUAUAUAUAUUACCUCUACGACGGCAGUCGAACAACUGAACCGCUGAAGAACCAACACGCUCGAUAGUUGCAGCGCGAUCGUUAUUUUUUUUUCCUUCAGAGAGCGUUGCGUGACUUAUGGCGGGUUUACAUCAGGGAGAUCUAUAGCUAUAGAUGGAUUUAUUCAGCCGAAAAUAGAUGUAAACGGGAGAGAAUAUAUAUGAUCCACUUCUUCGAGGUAUAUAUGUAUAGAAUUUAUAGAAUAAAUUUAGGCAUAUGUAAGCGCUAGUGAAUUUCUCACUGGUGAGAAUUCACUAAAGUUGGAUGCAGUUCAAUAAAUUCACCGAAAAUAUGAAUAUAUUCAUUAUAUAAGUUCGCGCUAGUGUAAACGGUUGAUGAGAUUUCCAUAAAUCUCACAUGCAUCAGACAUGCAUCCAUACCUCUCACGCUAUGAGUCAUGAGUUCAAUUCUCACUCACAUUCUUCCAAAAAUGGAAGUAACAGUGACGAACCAGCCAAAAGUGUUGAAAGUCACUAUAAUACAGAAUCUGAAAGACAAGGAAAGCCGGAAGGCUUUUGCGUCAAAUGAAUCAAAGUUAAUGAAACGGCUACGAGAAUCAAAAGCGAAAUCUCCGAAUGAUCCGUAUUAAAAUGACACGUUUGAACACUAAUGUGUUCAAAGAUCCUUCAAGAUAACUUCAAACCGUUAUAAGAAAUUCAAUUUCUUGUCUUUUGCGACACUUCACGGUGGUUUUUAAACUCAAUCAAAAAUUACAAACGAUUCAUUUAUUGGAAGAUAUCGGUAGACCUUCAUGAAUUUUAUUGUUUUAGCCUAUAAAAUCUGAAAAUUAAUGGAAAAUCGAGGAAUAUCACGUUUUUCCGGGAGAGAGAACGUAAAAAAAAGAGAUCGUGAGAAAGAGAGAACGUGAGAAAAAGAGAACGUGAAAACAAGAGAAAGAAAAAAAGAAAGAGAAGAGAAAGAGAAAGACAGAAAAAGAGAGAAGCA